AUGGAUUCUGAGCUCAUCGAAACGCUGGGUGGUUUGGCGGGGCAGACUCGGGCGCGGAAUUAUAUAACGAGUGAGUUCAAUGCCCGGAUGAUCUCACGGUUGGGUUCACGAUAUUUGUUAUGGACUUCCUGGAAACCCUCGAACGAGAGCACGGGCGCUUACGUACUUCCUUCAUCUUCACCUUCCCUGCCACACCCACACCAGAUCACGCUUAUAUGGUCUAUGAACUGGAACUGGGUUAAGUGCCUCUAUGCUAUGUGUAAACCGCUCGCUAUGGCCAUUGCGGUGCUCAUGGCGAUUUCGAUUGCCGCCUCUGAAGCCUUGCUGUUCCUUCGCGUAUGGGCGUUCGCUUUGCGCUCUAGAGGAGUAAUGGUGUUUUUGACUUUGUUCUUGGUGACGAUGAUCACCGGUUCUGUGACCUGCAGUAUAGCAUUCAGUCAGACGUUACGCUUUAUCCCAUCCCCCGUCCCUUCGAUUACGGGAGUAUGUCUCGCCAUCGAAGCAAAGCUUAAAUAUAUCAUCGCUUGUUUUGCGUUGAUUUUUGCUGAGCAGUUUGUGGUGAUGAUAACGUGCAUAAUAGUGGGAAUGCGACGGCACCACCACGGGUGGGGCGUGAAGAGUCCGCUGGUGAGGACCUUGUUUAUAGAUGGGGUGGUUUACUUUGUCGUUCUUUCCGCCCUCGCUUUAACCAACGUCAUCCUCUUCUCCACACCCAACACUCGAGAAUUCUCAACAGCAACAAUACAAGGCGUACUACACAGCCUCCUCGCCACCCGUAUGCUGCUCAACCUUCGGCAACUUGGCCUUGAAGGACCCGAUUCUACCACUGCUGGGAGGUCGUUACCAAAAGUCUCGCAUGCGAUCAAGUUUUUGAGUAUCAGAACGAUGUCGAGUCGCGAUCGGACGGGGAAGGGGAAUAACAUGAGAACCAUGCUGUAA